AUGGGGUACCUUUACAUCUACAAGGAUGCAUCAGGGAAAACGUGCUACAUAGAUGCCAAGACUGUGCCCUGCCCUUGCCACCCAGAGAAGGACACAAUUGGACGGAGGAUCAACCACUCCAGAAAGAGAAGCAACAUAAAGGGUCAGCUUCAGCAACUUGAAGAGGAUGGCAAAGUGUGGAACGUCAUCCUUUUCAUUGCCCAACGAGACAUUCCGGUGCAGGAAGAACUGUUAUUUGACUAUAGGGAGUAAAGAAAAUAUUUUGGUGGAGAAGGAGAACAUUUGGAAUGGCUUGACAGCUAGGUCAGUCAGCUUGAAAUCACCAAUAACUGAUGGGACUCAAAACUAUCCUUAAGUUGGGAGUGCAAGCGAUGGGGGAGAUAGACAGUGCAGAGGAGGUGAUCCCCCCCCGUCGUUGACGGGCUCAUCGAUCCAACUCAUCCAGGUGGACGUAGACCUGGAGACCAGGGUGAUGGUGAAGCCUGCUGGAGAUGGGGAGUCUCAGGGCAUUUUCUGGGACCCCCCCAUCCCCAAUCCUUUCCCCUUGUCUUGGGUUUCACAGGAGGGGGGGUGUGUGGGUGGGGCAACCUCGGAGAGUGAGGGUCAGGAGCCCUCGCACGUGGGUGUACAAGUGUUUGGGGGGAUGAUCAGUGAGGCCAAGCUGGAGCCCCUGUCAUCACAGGACUCAGCUCUCCCAUUUCUCACCAUGGAGGAGAUCCGGUCGUCCCCUGAACUGUUUUGGCCAUCAGGGGAUGGGGUGUCUCAGGCAAGCUCUGGGACGCCGGUACCCCUCAUCCCCAACCCCUUCCCCACGUCUCGGGGUUCUCAGGAGGGGGAUACGGGGAGUGGGAGAGUUGGGGGGGCCUCCGAAAGCUGCUGGAGUAGCAUCCCUGUCUGAUGAGGACAGGUACCAACCGGACAGAGUAAGUGCAUGACUAUUGUAUAGGGCUGUUUUUUCUAUUAGUUUGGGAAAAUGGCAAACAUUAAAAUAAUGACAACAUAAAAAGAAGGGCCGUUUUUAGUUGGUUGUCCAACAUAAGUUUUACUUUUUAUUUUUUGCAGGAGGUGCAUUUGAGAGAUGGGGGGGAUGUGGAACAAUUUUUAAAAGAGUAGGUUAAAGGGAAGUCAGUGUGGAGUGUGGGGGGAGUACACUCAGCAGGGGUUGGGAUUUUGUUUGGCACAAGGGAGGUGAAGGUGGAAGGAACAUACGUAGCGAUGCAGGGGAGGGUAUUGGGGGUGGACAUAGUAUUAGGGGAUUUUAGACUAAGGGUUAUAGGGGUAUACGGGCCACAGACGGUGCCAGAGAGAAGGGAGAUGGUGGAGCUUCUGGCAGCCCUGUGUGCCACAAACAGGGUUUUGGUAGUGGGAGGGGAUUUUAAUGUAGAUUUAGGAGGGGUAGCAGAUGGUAGUGUAGGGGCCAUCACCGGACUUAUGGCAAGCCAUGGCCUGGUGGAUGGCGGCCUUAAUACUACUCCGGCGCUGGCAGGCCCCACGUGGUGUAACUCCCGGGUUUUGUGAGGAGGCUGGACUACGUCUUCCUACCCAAAUCCCUGGGGCUUUUGUCUGGGCGGUUGUUGCCUGUGUUUUUCUCGGACCACGACAGGGUUUGUUUUAGGGUCAAAGCACCUGUCUGCCUUUUCGGUAGGGGGUAAUGGAAGCUCGACCGGGAUAUCCUGGAGGAGCGAGCUUUCAUCAACACUUUUUCCGUUUUUUUUCGGGGGCUUGAGGGUGUCCGUCCUAUGUGCGGAGGGGUGUUGGAGUGGUGGGAGAUAGCCAAAGUCAGGAUUAGGGUUUUAUUAGUGGGUUUUGUAACAGGAAGGUGAGAGAAGGGAGGUGGAACAGCUCCAACGUUUACUUGAGCUCGAGUACGAGGCAGGCAACCUCGGGAGCUCGAUGGAUGUUGAGCGUGCAACCAGCCUAAAGGCUCAACUCAGGGAGGUGCAUGAGCGGAAGGCCCGUGCUUUCCUGCAGCGUGCACACUCCGAGUUCAUAGAGCAGAAUGAGACCUGCUCUGCAGUGUUUUUUAAAUCAGUUAGGGAAAAGCAGGAAAGACAGUUUUUUUAUGGGGUGAGGGAUAGACAGGGUAGGAUAGUCAGGGAGCUGGCACAGAUGGUCAGGGUGGCAACUGACCAUUUCCAGAGGUUUUUCCAGGAGAGGGUAGUAGAGGAAGAGCAGGGUACCGUGUUCUUAGAACAUUUGUCCCAGCGUGUGCCGGAGGACAUUAAAAAGGCGGUGGAGGCCCCGAUAACACUAGAGGAGGUGGAGAGUGCCCUCAAGAGGAUGUGGAAAGGGAAGGUGCCUGGGAUGGAUGGGCUGCCGACUGAGUUUUACCUCAAAUUUUGGGGUAUGCUUGGACCGGUGGUACUCGAAGUCCUGACGGCCGUUCUCGAGACUGGAGUUCCGGGCAGGUCAAUGGCUGUAGGUGUGCUGUCCCUCCUCUACAAGAAGGGAGACACCGCAGACCUUAGCAACUGGCGGCCGUUGACCAUGUUGUGCGUAGAUUAUAAAAUACUAGCUAAGGUCAUGGCAGACCGUUUGCGCACAGCCCUUCCCUAUGUUGUCCAUGAGGAUCAAACGUGUGGGGUGGAAGGCCGUUCCAUUAGGUGGAACCUCCAACUGAUCAGGGACUCCAUCGCCUGGGUUGAGGAUAGAAGACUGCCUCUAAUUGUAGCGGCACUUGAUCAGGCAAAGGCUUUCGAUCGCGUCAGUAGGGUUUUUCUUUUCAGAGUGUUAGGUAGGUUAGGGUUUAGUGAUCACUUUAUAAAGUGGAUCAAGAUUUUGUAUGUGGGUAGAGGGUGAGCAUAAACAGCCAUCUGGGUGACGUGUUUGGCCACUCCUCAGGGGUCAGGCAGGGAUGCCCGCUCUCGGCACUCCUUUUCGUGCUCUAUAUGGAGCCCCUGGCGGCUGCUAUUAGAGCUGACGCAGGGGUGGAGGGUUUGCUUGUCCCUGGGAGCGGCGGUUUGCAUGUUAAGGUGACACAGUAUGCCGAUGACACCACCUUGCUUUUUUGCAAGGACUCAUGCCUGCUAAGGUCUCUGGCCAUAAUUGGAGACUUCACCCGCGCGUCGGGAGCGGUCCUUAACAGACGACUUGGCGAGGUUAAGUAUUUUGGCAGAUGGUGGGGCAGGACGGACGUGCCCGGUGGACUAUCUUUCUGUAAUGGGGCCCUGAGGAUUCUUGGGGUCCACUUUGAGACCUCCGGCUCUGCGACACUGAACUGCAACAUUAGGGUUGCUGUGGUGCAGAGGAAGCUUGCAAUGUGGAAGGCCAUAUCUUUGUCUUUCUUGGGCAAGGUCCUGGUCCUGAAGGUGGAUGUACUGCCUUCCCGUCUGUAUUUGGCAUACAUUUAUCCAUUGCCAGCGAGCAUGAGGAGGGGGCUAGUAUGGCUUGUUUCAGUUCAUGUGGGGGGGCAGGUAUGAGUAUGUCGCCAGGGCUCGCAUGCUCUCAACCAUUAGGGAGGGUGGGAGCGGAGUCCCACAUUUCCCACUCAAGCUGGACUCGAUUUUUGUUUCGUUUUUGUUGAAUGAGCUCGGUGAUUCAUUCCUCCGGUUAUUUUCUGUGGGUGUUCUUCUCAUACCAGGCGAGAAGUGUAAUGGUGUGGUCCAACACGGGUCCUCGGGCUGAACAGCUGCCGUGGCACUUCAGCCAUGCGGCGAAGUGGCUGCGUGCGCAUCCAGAGGUUGAAGUCACAGACACCUGGGGCCUCAUGUACAAAGACUUGCGUUGAAUUCAUACUAAAACAUUGCGUACGGACAAAGCCAUAAAUGUGCGUACGCACCAAAAAAAUCUGAUGUACGAAUCUCUGCGUACGCAGCAUUCCACAUACAUUCUCUUUGUACAUCCCAAUCAACGCGAAAUUGAGCGCACAUGCACGAGCACCACACCACACCCUGUCUCCUCCCUCAAUUAAAUCAAUUUAAAUAUGGUAAUUAGUCCAAUUUGGCAAAAGAAACCUGCAAGAACAUGGCUAAAGCAAGCAAGAAACGAAAUUUCACUGAAAACGAAUUAGAGGUGCUACUAUCAGAGGUAGAAACAAGAAAAAAAAAAUUAUUUGGAAAUCUGUCCUCUGGAAUUAAUAACAAAAGAAAGAAAAAAGAGUGGGCGAGUUUGUCUGAUGCCGUCAACGCGGUGGGAUCUGAGAGUCGCACCGUAAAUGAACUGAAGAAGAAAUGGUCAGACAUAAAGGUGGAAGUUAAGCGGAGAACUGCUGCGCACCGACAAAGUGUGGGCAGAACAGGCGGUGGUACAGGGACCGAUGAACUUGCACCCUUUGAUCAGAGAGUUGCCUCUAUUGUAGGAGACACGUUAAUCUCUGGAAUCGUAUCCGCUGAUGUAGGAGACACGUUAAUCUCUGGAAUCGUAUCCGCUGAUGUAGGAGACUCGGAUAUACUACAGGACUGCCAGCAAGGUGACUCAGAUUUAUUUCCUUAACUUUGAUAUACAUAGCCAGCCACCGUUUAAUUUUAAAAUGCAUGCAAUAUAGCAAAAGGUACACCAGAGAUUUCACGUAUCCACUGCUUUUAUUGCAAAUGCGUGUACCCAUUAAUAAGGAACAGACUCAAAUUACUGUUAAGAUGUGCCUGUGUUUAAUUGGACUUAGGAACCGCAGGAACGUCCACUGGCACGCACUCAGAGUCCGCACCACCUGAGCAGCCAGAGCCCAUUCAGUCCAGCGUCUCCCAUGUCUCUAAUGUUCCCCCCCAGUGCUGAAACCCGUCCAUCUGGCCGUGUCUUGACGCAUGCUGUUCUGGAGUCACAACAACAAAUUGUUAGGGCCAUUGAAGAAAUGAACAGUCACCUUAAAAAUGUCACUGACGCACUCACAGAAAUAAGCCAUUCAUUAAAAGAAUUGGUAAAAAAAUGAACUUUGUGUCUGAGUACCAUUUAUAUUGUCGCAAUUACACGUUGACGGGCCUGAAUGGCUUGUUGAUUGUGCUGCACAUAUACUGGUCCUGGGUCAGGGUCAUCUGGCGGUGCCCCCACCUCACCAAGGGGUAUGCCAUGCCUGUGCGCGACAUUGUGCAGCACUCCACAGGCCAGUAUGAUGCGGCAAACCUUGUCAGGGCGGUAUAACAGCAUCCCCCCGGUCCUGUCAAGGCAGCGCCACCGACAUUUCAGCUGCCCAAUCGCCCGCUCCACAACUGACCGAGUGCGGGAAUGGGCAUCAUUGUAUCUGCGCUCUCGGUCAGUUUGUGGGUUGGUGAGGGGGGUUAACAGCCACGUCUUUAGUGGAUAACCACUGUCUCCUGAUGGGCAGUAAUAAUAAUUACAGACACAAACAUUUUACUUUUAGAUAGAACCAUACAUUUAAAUGCAUAACUUACCAAGUAGCCACCCAUCACGCACCCUGCCAGCUUGGAGUCUCAUCCCAACCAUGCUGUUUGUAAGGAUAUAUGAAUCAUGGGUUGACCCAGGCCACCUUGCCACAAUAUUUAUUAGGCGCAUUUAUGCAUCACAUAUAAUCAGCACAUUUAUUGAAUGGAAAUGUUUCCGAUUCACAUAUGCAAAUUCGUCUUCAGUUGGCGCCUUUAUAGCAAUAUGUGUGCAGUCGAUCGCUCCGAUUACAUUAGGAAAACCGGCUAUCGCUGCAAAUUGCGCUUUGAUGUUUGGCUGGUCACCUGCAUCGUAUGGGAACGUUAUAUACCUGGUAGACAAGCGGAUGAUGCCGUCCCAUACAGGUGGCAUUGCACGGCUCAAACACGACUGGCUUAUUCCUGAGCGGUCUGCCAGUUCUCUUUGGAAAGAACCGGUUGCUAGGAAACCAAGUGUAGUAAGCACCUGUAAAGGAACGGGUAAUGCGUGGCUCCUCACUGUCUCUCUUUCCAAAUUCGGACCCAACUCAGCGCAGAGCUCCAAGAGUAUAGCCCUUGGAAAUCUGAAACGGCUGAUGAGCCAGUCAUCGUCGUGGGCCAGAAAAUCACCGUGGUCCCUAAAAACUCGUUCUCUCCGGAUUUGUCCAUUGAAAAUGUCUUCUAAUAAAGCCAAAGCUGCCAUUGCUAGACGGGUUGUAUCAAUUUUCACAUCCUUUAUAUAUGUUCUUACUUAAUUGCAUAAUUAAUAGAAUAUUCUAAUAAGACUCGUGACAAUAAUAUGGCAAAUCAUUUAUCAAUUACAAAUUAUAAAGUAUAUCUGGCAGGUCCGAUAGAACAGUUCGUAGUGUAAUGUUUGCCACUUCACUUUAUUGCCUCUAUGAGUCGCCAACGGACAAACAUCACAAAAAUGUACGUACGCCAGGCCUGAAGUUUACGUGGAAGAACGCACAUUCUUACGUUAAUUUCACUGUUAGUACAUCUGACCGUGAACGUGAAAGCUGGCGUACGCCGUGUUUUCGUGCGUACGCAAGAUUGAUACAUGAGGCCCCUGGAUCACAGACACCUGUACGAGGAGGUUAGACGUAGCGUUUGUGCAGCCCCUGUGGUGGGUACCCCUGCUGUGGUCUGGGAGAACAUACAGGUGCGGGUUUUGGACAACCGCCUAAAGGAUCUAAAUUGGUUAAGCCUCCACAAGUGCUUGCCGGUAAGAUCCAUCAUGUACCGGCACAGUUUGGCACGAUCCCCUCAGUGUCUGAGACCAACUUGCGUUGGGGAGGAGACGAUACGCCACAUGUACUGGGACUGUGCUUUCGCAGGAGUAGUGUGGGCCAGGGCACAGUGUUGACUAGGUAGAGUUAAGGGGGAUUUUGUUUUAACAUGGGCGAGGGUGGAGAGAGGAAUAGGGAGAGCAGGAGGGGCAAGUAGGGAACGUUUUUUGUUGUGGCUGAUCAUCAGCCUUCUUACAGUUUUUUACGAUUGUUUACACACUAAAAUUAAAAUUUCCACACAAUUAGCAAAAUUGUACUCCAAUGAGCAAAACACCUCCACAGAUUUGCACAACAUUACACACAAUGUCCGCCUCACCCUUUUUGCAAAACAUUACACACAGUGAUUUGUAAAACUCUACACACAUUUUCACACCUUAGACACAGAUAAGGAUUGUGAGGUUACUUCCUUGUAAUUACAAAGCACCGGAUUGCCAAUUACCACACUAAUGAACGAAUUGGAUAAACACAUCUACCAGGUGUGGAAGCACACAUGUGCUAAUUUGAAAACGCAGCACUCAGGUGUGCUAUAAAAGGCAGCAGGUGAGUUCACCUGUCUUCAACAAAAAUGGAAGGAGUUAGAAGAAGAAGAAGAGUGAGAAUGAGAGGGGGAGCUCAAAGAGGAGAUGAAGGCGGUAGAGGAAGAGGAGAAGGAGGUAGAGGAAGAGGCAUAUGUAGAGGAGAAGAAGGUAGAGGAAGAGAAGGAGGUAGAGGAAGACACCUAGGUAGAGGAAGAGGUAGAGAAGGACUUGAAGAGUUGAUAGAACCUGAACAAAGAAGACGAGGACCAAAUUUGACUCGAGAAAUCCGUGCAACACUUAUUGACCAUGUUAUCAACCAUGGACUGACACUGAUGGAAGCUGGACAAAGAGUUCAACCAAAUCUCAGCAGAAAUACUGUUGCGUCAGUACUUCGGACAUUUCAUCGAGAAAACAGGUAAGCUAACCACACAGUAUACAUUGAAACUGAAGCUUGUAUAAUCAAUAUUGUUUACUGUGACAUUUGACAGUAGGCUGCAUAUAUAUAUAUAUAUAUAUAUAUUUAUUUAUUUUUAUCUUGUUUUUACAUAGGAUUGAGGGUCGAGGACACCAAGGUGGAAGGGGCCCUAUGUUUAGUCGUGCACAAGAGGCCGCCAUUGUGAACAUGGUUUUGGCCAAUAAUUGUAUCAGGCUACGAGAAAUCCAAGCCAAUAUCAUCAAUGAUGACAAUAUUUUCAAUAACAUCCAACUAGUCUCUCUGUCAACAUUAGGUCGAAUCCUAAAGAAAAAUCAAAUAUACAUGAAGCAACUGUAUCGGGUACCAUUUGACAGAAAUUCAGAGAGAGUGAAACAUCUGCGCAAUGAGUAUGUGGAGGUAUGCAUUGUUCAUCUGACUAUGGUGUGGUAUCAUGCACUGCUCAUAAUGUUCUGUCACAAAAAAAUACUGUGCUAUAGAUAUUGAAUAGCAUCCUAUUUUCUUUAAUGUGUUUCAGAGAGUCUUGCAAAUGGAUGCUGCUGAAAUUCAACAUGAAUUUAUAUAUGUGGAUGAGGCUGGAUUUAAGCUUGCAAAAACAAGAAGAAGAGGGAGAAAUGUAAUUGGGCACAGGGCAAUCACCAAUGUGCCAGGGCAGCGAGGGGGUAACAUCACCCUUUGCGCUGCUAUCACACAAAAUGGGGUCCUCCACCACCAUGCAAAUCUGGGACCCUAUAAUGCAAAUCUGAUACUUGCAUUUCUUGACCGAUUGCAUGAGAUUGUCACAGCAUUACACCAAGUGGACCAGAUGCGGUACAUUGUCGUUUGGGACAAUGUCUCAUUUCAUCGGGCUGCUCUAGUCCAGAACUGGUUCCAUGAUUACCCUGAUUUUGAAGUUUUAUACCUUCCCCCAUACUCCCCCUUCCUGAAUCCUAUAGAAUAAUUUUUUUCAGCGUGGCGGUGGAAGGUAUAUGACCUGCGGCCUUAUGACCGUUUGCCCCUCAUUCAGGCCAUGGAACAGGCAUGUGAUCUUAUUGAAGCAGCUUCAGUGCAGGGGUGGAUUCGUCACACAAGGCGAUUCUUCCAACGGUGCCUUGCCAAUGAAGACAUAGCCUGUGAUGUGGAUGAAAUGUUAUGGCCUGAUCCAGCCAGACGGAGAGACGGAUAGUUACAGUAUUCUUGUUGCUUUUACAGUAGUUCUCUUUCAUUUCUGUUUACUUUUACUUUACUUUUCUUUAGAGUCAAAGUGUAUGUACUGUAAUUCAUGCAGUAAUUUUUAUUUGUCUACGGAUUUUAUUUGUUUACAGUAAUUGAUAUCAUUGUUGGUUGAUUACUGUAACUGAUUAUGGUAAGAAAUACUGUAAGUAUUGAAAUACAUACUUGAAAUAUUCAGUCUGCAGCAUCAAGUGUUGUGCAGUGCUUGGUAAGGUUAUAGUAGGCCUACAGUAUUUGUUUACAUUCUCCUUAUAUCUCAAAACAAAUCAUGAAUAAUGUUGUGAGUUUCUCACUAUUUUUUGUCACCUAAAUUAUCUCUCACAUACAGUAAGAAUGUCUGGCCAAAAAUCUUAUUAUUUUUUUUUUUUACAAAUGUGUUUUUUAUUUAUCACAGCAGUGUGAAACUGGCUGCAAUAGUGUAUGAUCAUUGAUGACUGUGUUGGUUAAAUGAAAACAAAUAGCAUUUUCACAAAUAUGUGUAUAUGUUUUGACUGAAGUGUGUCAUUUUGCAAACAAUCUAGGAAUUUUGCUAAUUGAUUGUGGUGUUUGGAUAAUUGUGAUUAUAUUUUGACAAAAAGAACUCUGUUUUCAAAAUCGCGUGUAAACAAUUGAAAAAAACUGUAAACAAGGGCUGUGGGAUGCUAGGCAAGGUUUGGUAAAGUCGGGGGCAAACUGUGGGGUGGAGGGAAUAGUGAGGAGAGUGGAGGGAGAUUUGAGAGGGAGGAUAAGGAGGGAGGAGAGGAAGUGGGGUCACCAUGCCGCCAUAGAGCGGUGGAAAGGGGGACUAGGGCUGGUCAGAUAG